AUGGGAUCAGGAGAAGGAAAAGUCAAGAUAAAAAAUAGUACAACAGGGUUAGAAUAUUUAUAAAAUUUAAUCCCAAACGUUGAAGAGUAAUUAAGUGUUUAGAUUUAAGCUUAGUUAAAAUAAUAAACUCUAGAAAUGCCCAAAAUUUCAGAAGAAAUGUAAAAAAUAUUCAUAUUCUAGAUAAAAUCUGUACAAUUAUUUGAAGGAAGUUCAUUUUGAAUUCGAAAAGUGCUCUCCUGAAGAUUAUGAAUACUUAAAUAUUUUAUCUUAAUUUUAGAUUAAACUUUUAGAGCCUUCAGAAAGAAAAGGUAAAUCUGAAGAGUGGAAUGCUGUUCAAAAAUUUGAACCGUUAAAAAUUGAAUACAUAAAAUCAUUAAGACUCUUAGAUUUAAACUAAUUAGAUGGAUUAAAAUUUGAUGAUUAUAUAGAAUUUGGUUGGAUUGUCAAGUUAAUAAAAGGAAUUAAAAAUUAUUGUGUAGUCACAAAUAAUCUAAUAUAAAAAUUCAAGAUAGAUAAAGAAAUCUAGUGGAUUUUAUAUAUUACUAUUUGGGAGCACUUCUCAUAAAAGCUACAUAAAUUAUCGGAGUAAUACUCGUUUUCGAAAAUUAAUCACGCUUUUGAUUAGUAUUAUUAUACAAAUUUAAGACCUUACAUAAAAGUAGAAACUUUGGGAGCUAAAAUAUGGGGAGGGUACGUUUAAAUUGAUAAGGAGUUUGCAUUAAAUUAAAUACUUUAAGGAAGAUUAAAUAGAAAUUCGCAUCUUCCCUUGAAUAGAAUAGCUACAGUUUUCAUGGAAAUGAACAUAGAUGUGUAUAAUUUGUAAUUUGCAGGUAGUGAUGAGUUUGUUAGACCAAAAUUUAUUUUUAAAUUACAAGAAUAAACUAAAUAGCUUUAUGAAACGAACUUUAAUGGUGAUUAUGAGGAUUUUCUAUAAUUUUGGAAAUCAGAUAAUUAAUAUAUUCUUACUAUAUUUCCUGAAUGGAUAGUCGAGAAAUAUAUUAAUACAAUAUUAUUCGAUUUUAUAGAAGAUCUCUUUUUGCAAUAAAUACUUAAACUCAAUUUAGAUGAAUAAUAAUAAAUUAAUAAUGCAUAUUUAAAGGAAUUCUAAAUUAUACCUAUUUUAUUAGAUGAAAAUCAUUUAUGUACUUAAGAUGUAUUUUCUCUAUAAAGUCAUCUUAAUUUUGAUUAAUUUUUAAGAUCUCAAUAAGAACCAACAAUUAGUAUAUUAACUAAGAGAGUUUCUAAUGAAAAAAAAAAUAGUGAUAUUAUAAGAAGCAAUAUUACAGCUAACAAUAGUGGAGUUUUAGUGGAUCAUUAAUUAGUUAUGCAAUAACUUAAUUAAAAAUUUAUAGGUGAGCAAGAUUAUUCUGAUAUUCAAUCAGAAAGCAAAAGUUCCAAUUUAUCAUCAACAUAUCUUUCAAAGUAAAUUAAACUAAAGAAUUUGAGUUUAUAAGAGCUUGAAAAAAUUAUGUAUGAAUACGAUAUAAUUAAAUUUCCAAUUAUUUCAAGAAUUGAAGCAAGAAAUCAAAGAAUUAAAAUGGAAACUUAAAAUAUAAGAAGAAUUGAUGACGAAUUUCGUUGUUUAUUUAGUUUUGAAAAUUAAAAUAUUGGUACAAUAUAAAAGAAAUAAAAAUUUUAUGAAUCUCUUUUAUAAAAAGUGAACAAGGUUCAAAGUUAAAUUUCUCAGAAAGAUUAUUCUAAAUCUAUAGCUGAUAUGAUCCUUGAAAUUUGAAAAAUUAAAUAUGACAUAAAGCUCUUUACUAAGAGAAUAAAAUAUUAUAUAUAAAAUAAAUUAAAUCAUUAAUUAUUCAAUUUUUAUUUUAAUAAGUGAAAGUUCUAUGUAAAGUAAUAUCGUAGAAAUGGAUAAAGAUUAAUAAAAUUUAAUCAACCAGGAAAUAGCUCAACUUUAAUAAAAAAUAAAUCUAGCAAAUAAUUGCCAAAUAUGGCUUGAAGUGUGAACUUUGUUUUUUAGAUGAAGAAGAUCAUUAAUAAAUAGAGUAGUAAUAGAAAAAGAGAGGUUACCUAGAGGUUAGAUUAAUACCCGCAAAAGUAAUUUCAAUAACACCGCCCAAAAAAUCAUAUAUUGUCUCUUGUGAUUAUCAUUUUUCAAAGAUUGAAUAAAUUGUAGUAGAUAAGCUUUAUAAACACAUCGAGUAUAGUGUGAAUUAAUUAGACAUCAAAAAAACAAAGCUUAUAAGAAUAAGUGCUAUAAAUUUUCUUGAAGCCAUUUAGAAGAUUUAAAAUAAUUAUUGUUGUAGAGUACUUAAAUGUAGAUAUUCCAAUAUAGAGAAAUAAAUAUAAAGGUUAAAUUAUGAUAAUUUUACAGAAAUUGUUAAGGAUGCUUGUGAAUAGAAAAAAAAAAAUUUAUAAUUAACAAAAACAAAAUUUGAGUUUUAUGUUAAAAACUAAUAAAAAAUGAUAUUAAGAUAACAGUUUUUAAUUUAUCAUUUCUACAAAAGAUUGGAAGCAAAAAAAUCUUAGAUAAAUAAGAAUUUUAUAUUGGAACAAUCAUAUGUCGAUACACUUUCACAAUCAAUGUCAAUGCCUAUAACAUCCUAAUUGAUAAAAGAAAGUUACAUUUGA